AGUCAAAUCAAUGUGAACUUACGUUGUUGCAGAUGCCCUUAAGCCGACACAGACACGUUUUACGGUGACUGGGGAGAAACCUGUGCAAGCGUGCCUCCCCUACUCAUUUACUGCGUUCGAGAAACCUUCCAAGUCUACAGUAAUUCCCCAGUAAGGGCGACUUGAAACCGACCUGCUGAAUAGCAUUUGCUCUUCUCUCAACUCCCCUCUGCAGGAGCGGUGUCCCGGAAGUUAAGAAUGUGCCGAAUGUUUUGUCAACCGAAAGUUCUACUAUUCCUAUUUACCUGCAGCUGCUGGCAGUGACCUGAUUUAUCCAGAUGUCUCGUGACUGGGGUAGUGCUGAAGAUGUCUGCUUGGGAGAGCAGACAUUCCGGCUGUACUGUGAGGAGUUUAUUCAGCACUCCCGGUCUAUCAACGAUGAAUGGGACUGGGAACACAGUCAAGGGUCUGAGGAUGGUUACAUGAAGAAAAUACUUUUGAAAGCAGCAAAUGGCAGCGCUCCCCCAGCUUGGGACGACCAGAGGAAUGUGCAGGGUGAGAACAGUGAGCUGGAACUUGAAGCCCAGCACAGAGUGUAUGAAGAGUUGGAGGACCCUGGUGCAGGCUGCAGCAUCACUACUGGUCCUGAAGUGACUCGUUACGAGUACCAUGUAGUCUACUCCAGCAGCUAUCAAUCACCGGUGCUUUACUUCAGAGCUUGCAAGUUAGACGGCAGGCCCUUAUCUCUAGAGGAAAUCUGGGAAAGUGUUCAUGAUAACUACAAGGAUCGUUUAUUGCAAGGACCUUGGGACACCAUCACCCAGCAGGAGCACCCACUGCUCGGACAGCCGUUCUUCAUUCUCCAUCCCUGCCGAACUCAUGAAUUUAUGACCCCCAUAAUCCAGGCUGCCAAAGAAGAGAACAGGCACUUGAAUGUCAUUACAGCCUGGUUAAGCAUGGUGGGACCUGUUGUAGGACUAGCUCUGCCAAUCAGCUACGCUACAGCAGCCUCUAAACACAAAACAGCUCGUGAUUAAAGAACAAGGAGCUCAUUACCUGCAUUCUUGAAUUCAGAAUUAAGGAACGCUAUUAAAAUGGUGCCUUAUGUUCGGCAUUUCUUUUGUAUCUAAAUAGUUGAGUAAAUGUUUAUCAAAGAACAGAAAAAGACAACUGGAUUUAAAUGUCAAAUCUUCCAUGGAAACUAGAAUACGAAUAGAAUACGAAUGCUGAAUCUCCUCAUUCAAGACUGAAUUGGGGACCAUCUCCUAAUAAUGCUUUUUAUUUUCACUUCAAAUGAAAAUGCAAGAGUUUAAAGGGGAAAUGUGUCUAAAGCCCUUAACAGAACUUCCCUCAAUGUUUGACUGUAAUUUUAGGUCGACGUCAAUCAGGCAAUGGAGGAUUCUGAAUGGGAAGCAAGUUCUCCAGCAGCAUGCUGCAUGAGCUUCUGAAGAGCACAGCCACCAAGAGGCUAGUGAUGGAACACCUUUUCAUUACAAUGACGAAUACAAGUGCUGUAUAUAGUAUACAAGUGCUGUAUAUGAUGUAUAGUUGUGUACGUUUUACCACUAUGGCACACGUUGGAUGGUUGACUGCAUUGCACUUAUCAAUAGACUCACAAUUUAAGAUCCUGAAUUGAGCUGUGCAGGUGGGUAGACCAAUUCCUUGAGUGCUGUGUAUACUGUGCGUGUCAACUUAUGAACAACAGUGUAGACCGAGUGUAUCAGUCUGGUCUUCCUGUCCAUCAGCCGAAUCGCACAGGGUGCACCCGAACCCCCCACUCCCCAGAGCACUGCUAUUGGAUAUUUCAUUGUACUCAGUUUUGUGUUUUAAUUAUGUGUCAUGAUGCCAGUUUUAUAGGUAAAGAUCUUUGUUAAA